CUGGUCGGCCCUGCCCUGAGAACAGUAUGUGGUCCAACUUCUUUGUACAGCAGGAUGAGGAAGGUCGCAUCGGGGUGGCAGGGGCCGGACAAGGUGGGGGGCUGGGUGGAAUGAAAGGCGGAAGGGGACAGAGGCGAACCCACAAGAUGAGUGACAGCCAGGAGGGGAAGAUCAAGCUGGCCUUCUUCGUGUCUAUCAUUGGUGUGACCCUGACGGUUUUGGGCGUGGGGACAGAGUUUUGGGUGGAGCUGGCUCAACCAAAGAAUUUCAGCGGCAACCAGACUUGCCAGUUGGCCCACUACGGCCUGUGGAAGGGCUGCAUCCGCACCCUAUGGGUGGCUGACAUAGACCCGGAGAGGACAAGCUGCGGCCCUGCUGAACUACCUGGAGGCAAGUCUACCUCGAGGCUCCCUCCAUGCUACAAAUCCAACUGCACCUACUUUAAAUUCUUCACCUCUGGGGAGAAUGCAGUCAUAUUCAAGAAGACAACUAACAAGAAUUUGAAUCUAGCAGCAGCUAUCAUGGCCCUUUUGAGUCUGACGAUGAUGGUCAUGGGCUCCAUCUGUAUCGCCAUGUCCCUGAGCAAAGGAGUGCAGUUCUUUCUCAAGCCAGCCUCCUUCUGUUUCAUCCUAUCAGGUGUAUUGGUCCUUCUCUCUAUCCUGAUAUUCCACCAAUCUGUGUUGGCCUUGCUGUCCAGUAACCACGCCAUACCAUUACACCACGAGCUGUCUUGGUCAGUGGCCUGUGUAGGCUCAGCGGGAGCCACUCUUAUUAUUGGAGGUUUCCUCUUCGUCAUCCUCUCUCUUCCUUUCAGCCCUUGGCAGAAAUGCUUGCCACACAAGAAUAGCGCCACCUAGCACUUGAACGCUGAAAUAUACAGAAAGUGUUUUUGAUAAAUUGCUUGAGGGCAAGUAAUCUACAAAAGCUCAUUUCCUGAGGGCUACAACCUUGAGCUUGCUCUUGGCAUUUAAUUUGUCAAGAGAGGUCAGAAAAGGUCUUAAUUAAACAUAUGAAGAAAAGUCAGCACACAAGGAAUCCCUCCAGAGUUAGGCUAAAAUUUGUUUGGGUGUUUUUUUUUUUUGUAGAAAAUAGAUGAAGGCUUCUGGCCUACCCAUAGCCGUACAAGCACACAUAAAUCACACAAAAUCUUUUCUGCUUGCAAAAGUAGAGUGAAUACAUUUUAUAUUAUAAAACUUUUUGUAGUCUCUUUAAUAUGAAAGCCCAUUUCUGCCAAGAAAACUAGAAAAGAACAAAACAUAGAAAGUUAGUGGCAAGUUCUUGAAAUAAAACAACAAUGUUUGCCCAUGUCCUCUAUAAUGACACAUAGCAGCAUUUUUGGAUCUAUCAACAGGAUGUUUAGGCACCAGACUGACUUUGUUAGGUUUAGGGAAAGAUCAUGGUUUGGGUUAAAAUAUGUACCUUGUUAAGGUGAGUGGUACAUUGGGGUUUGGGCUAAAAUGACCUUCAUCACCAUGGCUACAAGAAGAAAUACAAGCGAUGAUCAUAGUCUUGGUUAAAAAAAACUGUGAACUUAUAUUCAUAUAGGCUCAUACAAUUUUAUCUAUUACUCUGUAUGUGACCCGACAGAGGGGAGGGCAGGGAUAAGUGGUGGGUUAAGUUAUAAUAGGGGAUCAUAGGAGGUUAAAAUGGAGGGUGGAAAAUUAUUUAUAAUAAAUUACGAUUGAUUAUAUUUUGACUGAGGCAUAGCGCACCAAUGUGCUCAUCUUGGGUUCUGAUAGGUAUACAUUCUUUUUCUAUAGCCUAUUCAUACCAUUAAUUUUUUUAUUUCAUUCCAUGUCACUAUGCAAAUGUAAAUUUCCAUACAUUUAUAAUGUACAUGUGAUUACCUUAGUGAACAGAUGUAGGAUGUGUUCUGCAAUGUCAACACAAUACUUCAAUUACUUGAUUUUCAUAUGUAAUGUCUCCUCCAUAAUUAAUGUAAAUACGGAAAAAGGUAAACAGACAAUAAUUUGGUCACACAAAAUCAAACAAACAAAAAAAAACAUGUCCACUGUUGCUUGGAAAUGGGACAGACAGAGGCCUCCUGUGAUAAAGUCUGACAUUUUGUUGACCCAUCCAUCCACUCUGAUCUCUUGCCUUUGUUGUGCUAUAACAAUCUCAGCUAACUUACGGCUGCUAGAGGGCUGUAACCUGAAUGCAAACAUGUCGUUUUACAAAAUUAUGAGUUGGUAAGUCAAACAUUUGUAAGUCAAAACAGUCAGUCAGUAAGUCAAAAUUUUUGAAUUACUAUCUCAUAAUACUUACUUUCUGAAUAUGUUUUAUUUUUAUCACAAAUAAAUUUUAAUCAUUUUUUUCUUCUGGCAGAAAUGGUCUUCCAUAGUUUGAAAUUCCUAAAGCACCAUCAGAAUGUAUCACUAUCAGUGCAGUGACAAAUACUAUGUUUUUGAUCAUGUUAACAAUUAGUAUGAAGGAUGUCCUGAAGUUGUUUAUCAUAUCUACAACAUGUUGCCUUAUGAAGUCAGUAAGUCAUUAAUAUUCUAGCAGUAAGUCCUAUGACGCAUCUUUUUUUACACUUCAUACUUGAUAAACAGGAGACUUUAGUUGUCAUUAUUUAUUACUUGUCUGUGUUUUACAACUAUUGGGUGAAUGCUGCUUCAUUAUAUCAAUGUAAGAUGAAUGAAAUCAACUGUGAGAGGAGAUGAUUAAAAUACCCUUUUGUAUAUCAGAGAAUUCUAUGGACUCACUUUUUAAACUCAACUCUGUACAUAAAAUGAAUGUGUUUAUAUUUUGUGAAUGGUCACUGUUUGUUGUUUUGUGUCAGUCACUUUAUUUGGAAUAUGUAUGCAGUAAAUACACUUUAUUAGUGUCAUAGGAUGCUCACCUUUUCUAUCUACCAGGAAAUUGUAUGUGCACAUUUCUAAUCAUAUGUAUCUACAGUACGUGGCAUUAGUUCUGCUUUUCAUUAAAGGGAUU